AUGCGGCGAAAUGACAUUCUGCAAUGGUUGCGGGCGAACGAAAUUAUCAUUGAUGAUGAUGAUGCGCAGUUGACAGAUGAACAUGGGCUUUCUGCAGAGAGUCGUGGCCAACCUCUACAGCAUGAUCAGCAAGAACAAAUUUCUUCGGAGGAGAACUGCGUCGGUGGUGAUCAGCAUGAGAAUGAGGAUCCUGAGUUGAGUGGUGAACAGCGUUUUUUGGCAGAGGGUAAUGACCCACCUCCACAGCAUGAUCAGCAGGAACGAGCCUCUUCUGAGGAGCCUGGCCUUGGUGAUGCUCAGCAUGCACUUUCUCAGUCGCCUGGGGAGCGUAGCAUUGGUGAUCAUCAAUGCGAAGAGCUUGAGUUGACUGAUGCAGAGCGACCUUCUGCAGAUGUUAGUGACCAGUCUCAACAGCAUGAUCAGCAGGAACAAGUCUCGCCUAAUGAGCGCGGCCUUGGUGAUGCUCAGCAUGAAGGUUCAGAAUUGCCUGAUGCUCCGCCAGGUAUGGGUGAUGCAGAUAAUCAAAAUGAUGCUGAGUUGACUGAUGAACAGGGACCUUCCAGCUCCAGCUCCUCACGGUCAUCGUCGGAAGUGGAAGCGGAAUCCGAAGAUGAAU